AUGCUCUCCAGGUCUCUCUGUCGCCGCAGUAUUGCUGAAGUGGUGACUGCCAUUAACUCAGGGAAGCAUACAGAAUUACUGAAACAAUUAAAUGAAAAGAAAAAAUUACGUCAAAAUGAAGAAAAUGUUGAUUAUUGUCGUGCCUUAUGCUUUUUAGCAGGUAGGAAAGAUGUAUUGCAUGCUCGGCAGGCUCUCUUAGAGGAGUUACGUCAUUUCCCUAAUAACAUUCCAGCACGAAAUCUUCUUUAUGAAAUUAAUGGAAUAGCUCGCUCAAUUUUACUUCCACCAGAAGAAGUAAUGAAAGGAGAACCACUUUUUGCUUUAUUGUGUGAUGCUCUAUUAGACCAUACGAUGCUUUCAUGGACAAGAUUAUAUAGUUUAUAUCAUUUAGCAAAAGAGAUAUGCUCUAAUAAUAAAAAUGAAGGUGUUUUAAUGGAAUGUGGUGUUGCAGGUGGGGGAUCAGCAGUUUUACUUGCAGUAGUGGCGGCACAUUAUAGUAAACAACCGCGAAAAGUAUACGCCUUUGAUACUUUUAAUGGAAUGCCAGAUCCCACAUUAGUUGAUGUACUGAGUAGUAGCCAUAAUAAUAAUAAUAAUAAUAAUAAUACUUCCUUGGAGGCAAAUUCAUGGGGAAGUGGAACAUGUAGUGCAUUGCAAGAUAAUGUUCGACAACUCGCGAGAAACUUUAACGUGGAAGAUCAAUUAAUAAUUAUUCCAGGAAUGUUUCAUGAAACCAUGCCAAGUAUAUUAAAAGAAAUCCCUAAGGAAGGUAUAGUGAUGCUACAUGUGGAUGCUGAUUGGUAUGAAUCGACGAAGUGUGUAUUGGAACUUGCGUGGCCAAAGGUUGCCAAAGGAGGUGUGGUUCAAGUAGAUGAUUACUACUAUUGGAAUGGGUGUGCAAAGGCGGUGGAUGAGUUUUGUCACAGAGAAAAGACAUCAGUAACGGGUAUGGAAAAGUCAUUACAGCUCCAUCCAGUAGAUGGGAAUGCUGUGUACUUUACAAAAUCAUAA